CAUAGAUUCAACCAAGCCGAAAAAAAAAUCUGGUGUUGAAGUUUGUAUGAGUCAGGGAGACCUGUUGAUUGUGAUCUAGUGGAUUAUAUCAAUUUUGUGUUUUAUAUACAUCGUCCUUUUAUUUCAUAAUGGCGUCUCCUAAUGACGAUAUGUUUGGGGGAUUCGAUAUGAACUCAAUUGAUUAUGUUUUACCUGAUGAUAUCAAUGGAGAUUUACUGGAUGGAAAUUUCUUUUUUGUUGGUAAUAUUCCUACCAAAGAAGAAUACCCUGGUCCCUUUAACUUUACUCUGACCAUGGACACCAAUGGGCAAAAAUGGGUAUAUUCCAAGCCUCUCGAACAAGUAUUUAUUGGCAUGAACAAAGUUUUAGUACUGAAUUUUCAUACCGAAUUGCAAUUACCCCUAGAUGAAGGAUAUUAUAUUAGAGCAUUGCCUGUAUAUAGUAAUAACGAACACAUAAACGUACCUGUUUGCCGAUGCACAUUUCAUGCAUUUGAAGAUGAUCCCCAAUCUCAAGCUCACCAUACACCAGAUAAAUGUAGAUGUGAAGAAUUCAAUAAUGUCGGGCAUGUAGUUAGAGCCCAAUGCAGAGACGCUAUUUACUGUUUUGACAAACAUUCAGGUCGGCACAGUGUAAUGAUACCAGUAAAUCGUCCCCAACCAGGGUCUGAUAAAAUAGCCAUUCCUUAUUCCUUCGCGUGCAAAACAAGUUGUCAAGGAGGAAUGCAGAGGCGUGCUAUUCAUCUAAUAUUCACCCUUGAAACUAUAGAUGGUUCUAUUCUUGGAAGAAGAAUAUUAGGAAUUAAAAUUUGUAGUUGUCCUAAAAGAGAUAAGGAACGACAAGAAAAGGAUUUUUAUGCUGACAAACUUGGGGAAAAUCAGAGCAAACAAAGGCUUCCUCAAUCUAAUAAUGAACCAAAAACCAAAAAAAUUAAGCUGGAACACCUGGAGCUCUUACAACCUCCAAAGGCUCCAGUUGAUGGUGAUCUUAAGCGAGAAAUAAAAGAUUUUAAAAAAAUGUUUGAUGACUUUUCGAGUAGUUUAAACAGUUUGAUGUCUAUGCACAGCAAAAUGCUCCAAAAAAUGAAACGUAUCGAUGAACUUCAGCGGAGUUUUACAUUUUAACAAUUUUUGUAUUGGUUGUAUCUUAAAUAAGAGAUGUUUUAUUAUUUUUUUUGUUAAUUUUCAGCAAUAUUUUAUUACAUUACUGGAUAUAUUGAUAAAUUUUGUAUUAAUACUGACGAAUUCUAAGUAUUUUCUUUUAUUGCAUGUUUUUGUUUAUUUAUAUAUAUAUAUUUUUUACUAUCAAGUUAGUACAUCUCUGUUUUUCAAGUGAUAAUAUAAAAUAAGUCUUUCAAUUUGAAUAUGGUUAAGAAUAAAUAUAUAUUUAUAUAUAUAAAAGUUUAUACUUUUUCUCAAGGUUUAACUUAGUGUUGAGGUUAUGUUAGAAUUAAUUUUAUUAUCAAAUAAUAUUUUUUUCAUAUUUGAUCUCAUUGUUAUCUACUUAGCUAGAUAUAAAAUGAUAUGUGAUAACAAUUUUGUUAUCGUUAAGUAGUCAUAACAUUUUUUACAGUGACCUUGGUGCUUAAGUUUGUGCAAAUUAAACUAUUAAGUUAUAGUCAUAACAUUUUUCAGUGACAUUGGUGCUUAAAAGUUUGUGUAAAUUAAACUAUGAAGUUUAUUCAACCAGUUUUGAUAGAAGAUAUUUCAGCUUUGUAUAAGGAUUAGUUGUGUAUUUUUUUUUUUUUUUUUUUUUACAGUUAUCAAUGUUAGUUUAUUGUAUCCUUUAUUUUUUUCUCAAUAAAAUGCCAUAUUGAUUA